AACACUGUAUUGGUGCUCAUUAAUUGGCGCCGUCAAGCGGUAUGUUUGCGAAAUAAACAUUGGUGCUUGUCACCACUCGCACGCUCCACCCAUUCACUCAAACUCGAGCUGGCGUACGAUUUUAAGAUCUUCCAGCGUCGGCAGGUGUGAGCUAGGAUUCAAACAUGAACAUCAACGGCAGAGCUUUGCACUUCGUUUUCAAAAUUGGGGACCGCAAAAACACUAUGAAGUUCUACCGCGAAGUCUUAGGAAUGAAGGUUCUGCGUCAUGAGGAAUUUACCGAAGGAUGUGAAGCAGCUUGCAAUGGACCUUACGCGAACCGAUGGAGCAAGACCAUGAUUGGCUAUGGCUCCGAGGACACGCACUUUGUCGCUGAGCUCACCUUCAACUACGGCGUCUCCGAAUAUGAAAAAGGAAAUGACUUCAUUGCUAUGACAAUUAAGUCAAAGGAGGCCAUCGAGAGGGCAAAAGCACUUGACUGGCCGGUCAGCAAGGACGAGGCCUCUGGCUUUUGGGUAACCGAGGCGCCUGGGGGAUACAAGUUUUUGCUCAUUGACGAACCGCAACCCGUUGACACAGACCCUGUGCAGUCCGUCAUCCUGGGCAGUUCUAACCUGCAGAAGUCGCUCGACUUCUGGCACGGUACCCUUGGUCUCAAAUUGCUCAACAAGGAUGAAAAGUCGGCCGUUGUCUCUUUUGGUGGAGACCAGGCUAAACUAGAGCUCAGAGACCUUGGAGGUCCGGUGGAAAGGGCAAAGGCGUACGGUCGGAUUGCCUUUUCGUGUCCAUACGAGCAACAGGAGGUUAUCAGCAAGAAGAUUUCUGAGACGGGCAACACCAUCCUGACGCCCCUGAUCACCCUGCCCACCCCUGGCAAAGCGACCGUCAGGGUCAUAAUUCUGGCAGACCCGGACGGUCACGAGAUUUGCUUUGUAGGGGACGAGGGCUACCGUCAGCUCUCAGAGUAUGACCCCCUCAGCACCCAACUGCUUGAAAAGGCUAUGUCGAAAGAGUGGGGACCAAUAUGAAUUUUUGAUAUUUACCAAUUAAGAUACAUUUUUUUUUCCAAAAUA